AUGCCCCUGGAGGCCUGGACUGCCCUGGGCACGCUGGACUUCAGCCUGCUCUACGACCAGGAGAACAACGCCCUGCACUGCACCAUCAGCAAGGCCAAGGUGCCAAAGUUGAUGUUCUCCCGCAAGGGCCUGAAGCCGAUGGACCACAACGGGCUGGCGGACCCCUACGUCAAGCUGCAUCUGCUGCCAGGAGCCAGUAAGGUGGACAAGACAGAAGACAAGUCCCUGGAGGAGCGGGGCCGCAUCCUGAUCUCCCUCAAGUACAGCUCGCAGAAGCAGGGCCUGCUGGUUGGCAUCGUGCGCUGUGCACACCUGGCCGCCAUGGACGCCAACGGCUACUCGGACCCCUACGUGAAGACAUACCUGAAGCCAGAUGUGGACAAGAAAUCCAAACACAAGACGGCAGUAAAGAAGAAGACCCUGAAUCCCGAGUUCAACGAGGAAUUCUGUUACGAGAUUAAGCAUGGGGACCUGGCGAAGAAGACCCUGGAAGUCACUGUUUGGGAUUAUGACAUUGGAAAAUCCAACGAUUUCAUUGGAGGCGUGGUUCUGGGCAUCAAUGCUAAGGGCGAGCGCCUGAAGCACUGGUUCGACUGCCUGAAGAACAAGGACAAGAGGAUCGAGCGCUGGCACACGCUCACCAAUGAACUCCCAGGGGCUGUGCUCAGCGACUGA